CUUCUCAUUGCGGGUCAACAAUGGAGUCGAAACGGAGCUCAACCGAAACGAAACGGCCGGCCAAUCACCCGCCUCAAUGAUCGCGGCCUGGCUUCGUUAACUAGGGCCCCGUUCGGCCGCCGUCGACAUCCAGCCCAGUCACCAACGCUGUCAGGCCUUGGCCCCUCCCCCACCGGCUACACACGGCACACCAAGCCGACCCUGCCACUGCGCGGCGGCGACCCUAGCCUCACAAAAAGCAAGGCGUGAGUGGGUGCUGCUGCUUUGGGCACGGAACUGGGCUGUGGGAGUGAUUGACUGUCUGACAAUCAGGAAAGGGAGGGAGUCACGCUGGCCGCCGGGAACGCUGUUUGGGUGGCUGGCCGGCGCCGCUACGUUGAGUCGGAGUCUGCGCUGCAUAUGCUGUGAGCCGAGCCCUCCUAGAGCCGCCAUAUUGCCCGGGACUCAGACUCUCAGUCUUUGCUGGUGCUGCUGUCUCCGACGCGACUUUGCUCCUAGACGCAGCACGGGUUUCUUUUUCCUUUCCUAGCGGCAGUCUCGUAGGUUUCUCGCUGCUGGCCUUGUCAGCCCAGCCCCUCCUUCCUAUCUCUUCUUCUAUUCCCUUCUCCAGGGAUUGAAGGUAUCCGAUUUCCCCGGAUAAGGUAGAACAGCCCGGAGGCCUAGCUCAGCCUAACGGAGCUACAGGACGAGAAAGAGCGCCGGCCCGCUUGGGCCUCGCAACGCAACACUGGCACUGUCGCGGUCGCCGAAAAGCUGGUGACGCAAAACUAAAAGGAGAAUACAAGAAAAGGUGGCACGCAAAGGAAGUUCAGUCAGGAAAGCGACACGGGACCCCUUCGGGCAAAACCCGGCGUAGGAAAGCCGGCUUUUCUAGCAGCCAUCGCCACUCGGAUUUUCCUAGGGAUGAGACGCAGUCCUGUCGGUUGCUGCGGCGGCGGCUUGUGCCGCCUGGGAUGAGAAAGUCUUCGGCCACACCCGCCGCAGCCGCCUCCUCUCUGCAUCGCCAUUGGCAGCGGCGCUCGGGAGCAGAUCGGGCCUCGGCAUUAGAACCAAGAGUAGCAGCAGGAAAAGGCGACGCUGUGUGGGGUUGAGUAUUAUGUAUUCAGUUUUUGCAAUUUCUCUAGUUGAGAACAGUGGGACUCAGGCUAAUUGAGAUGUGGAUCCAAAACACCACUAGCUGAAAAUUAUGCAAUGGUCUCUGCAAGAUGGCUUGUUCUUGAAUUGGAGCUUUUUAAAACAGAUCUACGCUGGUACUUCAACUUUAUUAAGCGGACUAUAAGUUUUUCUCUCUCAACAACUACAUAAGCAGACAAAAUUGCAAAAAUCUGCCCUGUUUCGAGUAUGACAGCCACGACUCGUGGCUCUCCAGUAGGAGGGAAUGACAGUCAGGGACAGGCUCCUGAUGGACAGUCUCAGCCUCCUAUCCAGCAGAAUCAGACUUCUUCACCUGAUUCUUCAAAUGAGAAUUCCCCAGCUACUCCCCCUGAUGAACAGGGUCAAGGUGAUGCCCCACCACAACUUGAAGAUGAAGAGCCUGCAUUUCCACACACUGAUUUGGCAAAAUUGGAUGACAUGAUCAACAGACCUCGAUGGGUUGUUCCUGUGUUACCCAAGGGAGAGUUAGAAGUUCUUCUAGAAGCUGCUAUUGAGCUUAGUAAAAAGGGUCUUGAUGUUAAAAGUGAGGCAUGUCAGCGAUUUUUCCGAGAUGGGUUAACAAUUUCUUUCACAAAAAUACUUACAGAUGAGGCAGUGAGUGGCUGGAAAUUUGAAAUUCAUAGAUGUAUCAUUAACAACACCCAUCGCCUUGUUGAACUUUGUGUGGCAAAGCUGGCCCAAGAUUGGUUUCCUCUUCUUGAACUUCUUGCAAUGGCCUUAAAUCCUCAUUGCAAAUUCCAUCUUUAUAAUGGUACACGUCCCUCAGAAACUGUUCCUGCUGGAGCUCAGCUAGCUGAAGAUGAACUUUAUGCUCGUCCUCCAGACCCACGGUCACCAAAGGGUUGGCUAGUAGAUCUCAUCAACAAGUUUGGCACCUUAAAUGGGUUUCAAAUUCUACAUGAUCGUUUUAUGAGUGGAUCAGCACUGAAUGUUCAGAUUAUUGCAGCUCUCAUCAAACCAUUUGGACAAUGCUAUGAGUUUUUAACACUGCAUACAGUGAAGAAAUACUUCCUUCCAAUUAUAGAAAUGGUUCCACAGUUUUUAGAGAACUUAACUGAUGAUGAACUGAAGAAAGAAGCUAAGAAUGAAGCCAAAAAUGAUGCUUUGUCAAUGAUAAUAAAAUCUCUGAAGAACUUAGCCUCAAGAGUUCCAGGACAAGAGGAAACAGUUAAAAACUUAGAAAUAUUUAGAUUAAAAAUGAUACUUAGAUUAUUACAAAUUUCAUCUUUCAAUGGAAAAAUGAAUGCACUAAAUGAAGUUAACAAAGUGAUAUCCAGUGUGUCAUAUUAUACCCAUCGACAUGGCAAUCCUGAAGAGGAAGAAUGGCUUACAGCAGAAAGAAUGGCAGAAUGGAUCCAGCAAAACAACAUUUUAUCAAUUGUGUUGAGAGAUAGUCUACAUCAACCUCAGUAUGUAGAAAAGUUAGAGAAAAUUCUUCGUUUUGUCAUCAAAGAAAAGGCCUUAACCUUGCAAGAUCUUGACAACAUUUGGGCUGCCCAGGCAGGAAAACAUGAAGCCAUUGUGAAAAAUGUACAUGAUCUGCUUGCAAAAUUGGCCUGGGAUUUCUCUCCUGAACAGCUUGACCAUUUGUUUGAUUGCUUUAAGGCAAGUUGGACAAAUGCAAGUAAAAAACAACGUGAAAAGCUACUUGAGCUAAUCCGACGUCUUGCAGAAGAUGAUAAAGAUGGUGUGAUGGCACACAAAGUACUAAAUCUUCUAUGGAAUUUAGCACAUAGUGAUGAUGUUCCAGUUGAUAUCAUGGAUCAGGCUCUCAGUGCCCACAUUAAAAUUUUAGAUUACAGUUGUUCACAGGAUCGAGAUACACAAAAAAUACAAUGGAUAGAUCGUUUUAUAGAAGAACUCCGCACAAAUGACAAAUGGGUAAUUCCAGCCUUGAAACAAAUUAGGGAAAUUUGUAGUUUGUUUGGAGAAGCGCCACAAAACUUAAGUCAAACGCAGCGAAGCCCCCAUGUGUUUUAUCGUCAUGACUUAAUCAAUCAACUUCAGCACAAUCAUGCUUUAGUAACUUUAGUUGCAGAAAAUCUUUCAGCAUAUAUGGAAAGCAUGCGACAGUAUGCUAAAGAGCAUGGAGAAUAUGAUCCACAAACUGUAAGACCAGGAAGUAGAUACAGUCAUGUUCAAGAAGUCCAAGAGCGGUUGAACUUUUUACGAUUUUUACUGAAGGAUGGUCAAUUAUGGCUCUGUGCUCCUCAGGCAAAACAAAUAUGGAAAUGUUUAGCUGAAAAUGCAGUCUACCUGUGUGAUCGUGAAGCCUGUUUUAAAUGGUAUUCUAAACUAAUGGGAGAUGAACCAGACUUAGACCCUGACAUUAAUAAAGACUUUUUUGAAAACAAUGUUCUUCAAUUGGACCCUUCACUCUUAACAGAAAAUGGAAUGAAAUGUUUUGAACGUUUCUUCAAAGCUGUAAACUGUCGGGAAGGGAAGCUAGUAGCUAAGAGAAGAGCCUAUAUGAUGGAUGACUUGGAGUUAAUAGGACUAGAUUAUCUUUGGAGAGUUGUAAUUCAAGGGAAUGAUGAUAUUGCCAGUCGAGCAAUAGAUCUGCUGAAGGAGAUUUAUACCAACCUUGGUCCAAGAUUACAAGUUAAUCAGGUAGUUAUCCAUGAGGACUUCAUUCAGUCCUGUUUUGAUCGUUUGAAGGCAUCCUAUGAUACUUUAUGUGUUUUGGAUGGAGAUAAAGACAGUAUUAAUUGUGCAAGACAAGAAGCAAUAAGAAUGGUGCGAGUGUUGACUGUUUUAAGGGAGUAUAUAAAUGAAUGUGACAGUGAUUACCAUGAAGAACGAACAAUUCUACCAAUGUCAAGAGCUUUUCGUGGUAAGCACAUCUCUCUAGUAGUUCGUUUUCCAAACCAAGGCCGACAGGUAGAAGAUUUGGAUGUUUGGUCUCAUACAAAUGAUACCAUUGGUUCAGUCAGACGUUGCAUUCUCAACCGUAUUAAAGCCAACAGUGCACAUACCAAAGUAGAAUUAUUUAUUGGAGGCGAACUGGUGGAUCCCGUAGAUGAUAGGAAAUUAAUUGGACAAUUGAAUCUAAAAGAUAAAACAUUAAUUACAGCAAAGCUUACACAGAUAAGUUCCAAUAUGCCUUCAAGCCCUGAUAGUUCCUCUGAUUCUUCUACGGGUUCUCCUGGUAACCAUGGCAAUCAUUAUAGCGAUGGUCCAAAUCCAGAAGUUGAAAGUUGCUUGCCUGGAGUUAUUAUGUCACUGCAUCCUAGAUACAUCUCAUUUCUUUGGCAAGUUGCAGACCUAGGCAGUAGUCUAAAUAUGCCAUCCCUUAGAGAUGGUGCACGUAUCCUUAUGAAAUUAAUGCCACCAGAUAAUACUACUAUAGAGAAAUUAAGAGCUAUCUGUUUAGACCAUGCAAAACUUGGUGACAGUAGCCUUAGCCCAUCCCUUGAUUCUCUGUUCUUUGGACCUUCUGCUUCACAAGUGCUAUAUCUUACAGAGGUAGUUUAUGCCUUGUUAAUGCCUGCCAAUUUGCCUCUGGGAGAAGAUGCUACUGACUUUCAGUUCAAUUUCUUAAAAAGUGGUGGCUUACCUCUCGUGUUGAGUAUGCUGACUAGAAAUAAUUUCUUGCCAAAUGCAGAUAUGGAAACAAGAAGGGGAGCCUACCUAAAUGCUUUAAAAAUAGCAAAGCUACUGCUGACUGCAAUUGGUUAUGGACACGUGAGAGCUGUGGCAGAAGCUUGUCAACCAGUUGUAGAGGGUACAAGCCCAAUGUCACCGAUCAACCAAGCGACUCAUGACCAGGCGGUGGUGUUGCAAACUGCUCUACAGAACAUUCCCAAUCCAACUUCAGAGUGCAUGUUAAGAAAUGUAGCAAUACGCCUUGCACAGCAAAUAUCUGAUGAGGCUUCAAAGUUUAUUCCUGACAUUUGUGUUAUUAGAGCAGUGCAAAAAAUAGUAUGGGCUUCUGGAUGUGGAUCAGUACAACUAGUAUUCAGCUCAAAUGAAGAUAUUAGUAAAAUUUAUGAAAAGACAAAUGCAGGCAAUGAACCAGAUUCAGAAGAUGAACAAGUUUGCUGUGAAGCACUUGAAGUGAUGACGCUUUGCUUUGCUUUAAUUCCAACUGCACUGGAUGCACUAAGUAAAGAAAAAGCAUGGCAGACAUUUAUCAUUGAUUUGUUACUGCAUUGUCACAGCAAAACUGUUCGGCAAAUGGCACAGGAGCAGUUCUUCUUAAUGGCUACCCGAUGUUGUAUGGGACAACGACCUCUUCUUUAUUUUAUAACUCUGUUAUUUACUGUGUUAGGGACUACUGCACGAGAACGUGCUAAACAUUCAGGAGAUUACUUUACUCUGUUAAGACAUCUUCUAAAUUAUGCUUAUAAUAGUAAUAUUAAUGUGCCCAAUGCUGAAGUUCUGCUUAAUAAUGAAAUUGACUGGCUUAAAAAGAUCAGGGAUGAAGUGAAAAGGACAGGAGAAACAGGUGUAGAGGAAACUAUUCUAGAAGGUCAUCUUGGAAUUACCAAAGAAUUGUUGGCAUUCCAAACUCCUGAAAAGAAAUACCACAUUGGUUGUGAAAAAGGUGGUGCUAAUCUUAUCAAAGAAUUAAUAGAUGAUUUCAUCUUUCCUGCAUCGAAUGUUUACUUGCAAUACAUGAGAAACGGAGAAUUACCUGCUGAGCAGGCAAUACCUGUCUGUAGUUCCCCGGCUACUAUUAAUGCUGGAUUUGAGCUGUUAGUAGCCUUAGCAGUGGGCUGUGUCCGUAACCUCAAACAAAUAGUAGACACUUUGACUGAAAUGUACUAUAUAGGCACUGCAAUAACAACGUGUGAAGCAUUAACAGAAUGGGAAUAUCUGCCACCUGUUGGACCACGACCACCAAAGGGAUUUGUAGGGCUUAAAAAUGCUGGAGCCACUUGUUACAUGAAUUCUGUCAUUCAGCAACUAUAUAUGAUUCCUGCCAUUAGGAAUGGAAUUCUUGCAAUUGAUGGAACAGGCAGUGAUGUAGAUGAUGACGUGUCUGGAGAUGAGAAACAAGAUGAGAGCAAUGUUGACCCACGAGAUGAAGUGUUUGGCUAUCCCCAUCCAUAUGAAGAUAAACCAACUUUAAAUAAAACAGAAGACAGAAAAGAGUACAACAUAGGUGUAUUAAGACAUCUCCAGGUCAUAUUUGGCCACUUAGCAGCAUCUAGAUUACAAUACUAUGUACCAAGAGGAUUUUGGAAACAGUUCAGACUCUGGGGUGAACCUGUAAAUCUUCGAGAACAACAUGAUGCUUUAGAAUUUUUUAACUCCUUGGUGGAUAGUCUAGAUGAAGCUUUAAAAGCCUUAGGUCAUCCAGCAAUGUUAAGUAAAGUUUUGGGAGGAUCCUUUGCUGAUCAGAAAAUCUGUCAAGGUUGCCCUCAUAGAUAUGAAUGUGAAGAAUCUUUUACAACACUGAAUGUAGACAUAAGAAAUCACCAAAAUCUACUUGACUCCUUGGAACAAUAUGUCAAAGGAGACUUACUGGAAGGUGCAAAUGCAUAUCACUGUGAAAAAUGCAACAAGAAGGUUGAUACAGUGAAACGCUUGCUGAUUAAAAAACUGCCUCCAGUUCUUGCCAUCCAGCUAAAAAGAUUUGACUAUGAUUGGGAGAGGGAAUGUGCAAUCAAGUUCAAUGAUUAUUUUGAGUUUCCACGUGAGUUGGAUAUGGAACCUUAUACUGUGGCAGGAGUAGCUAAGUUAGAAGGAGAUGAUGUAAAUCCUGAAAAUCAACUAAUACAGAAUGAACAAUCAGAAAAUGAACAUUCUGGAAGUACAAAAUACAGACUAGUGGGUGUUUUGGUGCACAGUGGUCAAGCCAGUGGUGGACAUUAUUACUCUUACAUUAUUCAAAGAAAUGGAGGAGAUGGUGAGAAAAACAGAUGGUAUAAAUUUGAUGAUGGUGAUGUAACUGAAUGCAAAAUGGAUGAUGAUGAAGAAAUGAAAAAUCAGUGUUUUGGUGGAGAAUACAUGGGAGAAGUAUUUGAUCAUAUGAUGAAACGGAUGUCCUACAGACGUCAGAAGAGGUGGUGGAAUGCUUACAUUCUUUUUUAUGAACGCAUGGACACAGUAGAGAAAGACAAUGAACUUAUAAAAUAUAUUUCAGAACUUGCAAUUACCACUAAACCACAUCAAAUUAAAAUGCCAUCUGCAAUUGAACGGAGUGUACGAAAACAAAACGUACAAUUCAUGCAUAACCGAAUGCAGUACAGCCUGGAAUAUUUUCAAUUUGUAAAAAAAUUACUGACAUGUAACAGUGUCUACCUAAAUCCCCCUCCGGGACAAGAUCAUCUACUGCCUGAAGCAGAAGAAAUUACAAUGAUAAGUGUUCAGCUUGCUGCUAGAUUUCUGUUUACCACAGGAUUUCACACAAAGAAAAUAGUUCGUGGUCCUGCCAGUGAUUGGUAUGAUGCUUUGUGCAUUCUCCUUCGACAUAGCAAGAAUGUUCGUUUUUGGUUUGCACAUAAUGUACUUUUCAAUGUUUCAAAUCGCUUCUCUGAAUAUCUUUUGGAAUGUCCUAGUGCUGAAGUAAGAGGAGCAUUUGCAAAAUUGAUAGUAUUUAUUGCACACUUUUCAUUACAAGAUGGACCAUGUCCUUCUCCUUUUGCUUCACCUGGACCUUCUAGUCAGGCAUAUGACAAUUUAAGUUUGAGUGACCAUUUGUUAAGAGCUGUACUGAAUCUUCUUAGAAGGGAAGUGUCUGAGCAUGGACGUCAUUUACAGCAAUAUUUCAACUUGUUCGUGAUGUAUGCCAACUUAGGUGUAGCAGAAAAAACACAACUUUUAAAAUUAAAUGUCCCUGCAACAUUUAUGCUUGUGGCACUGGAUGAAGGCCCGGGUCCUCCAAUCAAAUACCAGUAUGCUGAAUUGGGCAAACUAUACACUGUGGUGUCCCAACUAAUCCGCUGUUGCAAUGUGGCAUCACGAAUGCAAUCUUCUAUUAAUGGUAAUCCUCCACUUAGCAAUCCAUAUGGUGAUCCUAAUUUAUCACAACCAAUAAUGGCACUGCAGCAAAAUGUGGCAGACAUUUUGUUUGUGCGGACCAGUUAUGUGAAAAAAAUUAUAGAAGAUUGUAGUAAUUCAGAAGAGACUAUCAAAUUACUUCGUUUCUGCUGUUGGGAAAAUCCUCAGUUUUCAUCUACAGUUCUCAGUGAAUUACUUUGGCAGGUUGCAUAUUCUUACACAUAUGAACUUCGACCUUAUUUGGAUCUACUUCUCCAAAUCUUACUAAUUGAGGAUUCUUGGCAGACUCACAGGAUUCACAAUGCACUUAAAGGAAUUCCAGAUGAUCGUGAUGGGCUGUUUGAUACCAUUCAACGAUCCAAGAAUCAUUAUCAAAAAAGGGCUUACCAGUGUAUAAAGUGUAUGGUGGCUCUCUUCAGCAACUGUCCUGUGGCGUAUCAAAUUUUACAGAGCAAUGGAGAUUUGAAGAGAAAAUGGACCUGGGCAGUAGAGUGGCUUGGAGAUGAGCUAGAACGUCGGCCUUACACUGGCAACCCACAGUAUACAUACAAUAACUGGUCUCCACCAGUACAGAGUAAUGAAACAUCAAAUGGUUACUUUCUGGAGAGGUCUCACAGUGCGAGAAUGACUCUUGCAAAGGCUUGUGAACUGUGCCCCGAAGAGGAACCAGAUGAUCCAGAUGCUCCUGAUGAGCAUGAAUCUUCUCCACCAGAAGAUGCUCCAUUGUACCCCCAUUCACCUGGCACCCAGUAUCAACAGAAUAACCAUGUGCAUGGACAACCAUAUACAGGGCCUGCAGCACACCAUAUGAACAAUCCUCAGCGAACUGGCCAACGAGCACAAGAAAAUUAUGAAGGCAGUGAAGAAGUUUCACCACCUCAGACAAAAGAAUAGUGAAAAUGCACAUAAUUAACUUGCUCCAUCAAGACUGUGCACCCAGGCCUUACAGUCCAACUUUUCUCUGUGUCUGGCUGAAAAACUAUUCCUAAUCAACAUGGAGUGAAGAGUCUAUUCACUGUCUUAUCUGCAGAAAAUUGCUGUCAAUAUAUAACCUGCCUGCAGUGGAAAGUGUAUAGUGUUUUGUAAUAAAUGGCCUGAUGCUAAUGUGUAAAUGGCAAAGGUGUAUAUAGUAUAUUAAUGUUUGACUGUUAAUUCUUAAACAAGAAACUUUUUUUGUCUUGAAUGAGACUCACAGAUCUACAACAAUUAAUUUCUUGAUAUAUCAGCUGCUCUCUACAACCAGUGUUGCCUGCCUAAUGGCAGUUAAAUCAACUCCACUUCUUACCCUUGCCCCACCCAAAAAGUAAGCCUCUUCAUGUCAACCAGAAAAAAUACUUUCAUAUAAUUCUUUGCCACUGGAGUCCAUUUUACUAUGAGCAUCAUAAUGACUGGUAACCUUUUAAUUCUUUGGUUGAUGUGGAAAAUUGGUGAUAUACCUUGUUUCUAGGUCUUUUUCCAUUGCCUUUUCCAUUCUGGUAUUCAGUUAAUCACUUGAAGCUAUAGUUAAGCUGUAACAUUUAGCAUGGCUUCACACCAAGUUAGAGUAGCCAGUGAGGAAAGAAAAUUUCAGUUGUCCAAAACGACAACUGCUGUUUAAACCUUUUCUUCAGACACCUGGGUUAUAAAACACGAAGGGAGGGUUGGGCAAAGUGGCUGAUGUUUUUCAGUUGUACUUACGUUCCUCACAUCUGAUGUUUGACAGUUCUAUCUCUGGAUGGGGUGAAAAAAAAAACAUUUAGUUUUCAGUAAUAGGAAAUUUAAAAAAAAUUAAACAAAUAUGCAAAUUUUGCUACGCCAGGAUGCCUGGAGCAUAAGAGACUAUUUGGUGUGCUUGUUUUGUUUCUUCAAUAGAGCUUAUUUGAUAAAACUUCUAAUACUUUCCUUUAUACUGCACUGCAGUGAAGUGGAAGUCAACAAAAUCACACAAUACUUGUGAGUGCCACUGCACCAAGUUAACUUGCUGAUUUUCUGCUCAUGCACAAUUCUACUUGAAAGCAAGAAUUGUCUUAGCUCUAUAUCCAUUAUAAGAGAAAUCUUAACCUUAGGAGCAGGGUUUGAUUAAAGUAAAUAAACUACUGGUUAGUCAAAUAUAAACCCAAAGUAUCUCUGUUCCAGAGUAAACAUUUGUUUAAAGACUUCAAGAAACUCAUCAGUAAAUACUGUAUUUAAAUUAAAAAUUGGUAACUUGAAUGUGUGUAAUUAUUUUGGAACCUUUCAAAAAAACCAAAUACCCCCUGCAAACAGAUACAGCCCACCCUAUACUAUUUAAAUAUUUGCUGUUUUAUUUUACAGAAAUUUAUUUUGCUGAAUUCACAAAUAGAAUUUGAUUUAAGAAGACUAUUUUUGUCCUGUGGUAUGUGUGUGGUUUUUUUUUUAAACAGAAUGCACAGGUAGUUGAAUUCUGUGCACUAUACUGAAUUCUGGAACAAAAGUCACAGUGAGAUUUGGUGGACAGAAAUUUGACCCUUUACAAAGAAUAAAAAAAGAAACCUGUCAGUUUCUUAAUGUGACUAUCUUGUACUUUUUGUAUGUUUUAUAUGUACAUAUAUAUUUAAUGAGCACAAGCUUUCUGGUAUUUUUAUUAAGUUAUAAUACAAACUGCUGCUUAUCAAAUUUAGGAUUUAUAGUUGAAAUAAGUAAAAUGAGGAAAUCACAGAUUUCUUUUGCAAUUUAGUGUAACUAGAGUCUUAACACAUUUUUAUUCUAGGUAACAGUGUUCAUGUUACCGUUCCAGGUUUGCUCUAAUAUAUUGUUAUGUUUUAAUAGCAUUUUCUUAGAUUGGUUAACAACAUUUGACUGAAGCUUUACCCAUCUAUCUGGGUAAAUUUACUACUAGUUUAAACAAAAUAAUACUCUGAUUUUGUGUUAGAACCUCAAGCAAUCCCUUAGUCCAUCAUUUAUUGUUAGAUGUUAUUUCAAAGACUCUUUUUGCCUUUCAAAACAAGAUAGUUCUUACUUCAGCCUUGGAGGUGGGGAGUGGGGGAAGCAAGUGUGACACAAUUGUGGAACAAUGGUUCACAAUGCUGUAUGUUUUUUACCCUCCAUGGGGGACCAUGUUUUCAAAUGUUCAGCUUAGGGUUCUUUCUAUAAACUUUACGGAAAACUGUAUGAGAGUAUGGUUAAUUAGAAGUCAAUGGUAGCAGAAACAUGAGAAUUAUUUUUGCUUUUGGCAAAAUGUUAGAUUUAUUCCUUUUAAAAUGUUCUACGCAGUAAUUUAUGCUUCUGUCAGUAUGGCAACAAUAGCUUCAAAACUGUAAUUUUAUUACCUCAAUAUUGAUGGCACACAUUAAAACCAAGUCCUCAAAGUGCCUAAAUGUUUGAUUUUACUUUUACUUUUAUUAUUGAAUUCUGUUUUUUGUUUUUAACACCUAAGGAGAAACUGCUGUCUUCCAUAAAAGUCAUUCACCUAAUGUUAAUCUUACCUUUUAAAAAAUAAUUUUAAGAUUCAAACAAAAGUAAGUUGAACAGCUGUAGAGAAAAAUAGCAAUUUUCUUAUCAGAAUGUAUUUAUAAAAAUAGCUUUCAUUUUUAUAGGACCAAUGCUGUAUACGUAUAACUCUUUAUCACUGAGCUCCAUGAAUACUAAAUGUUUUGUUUUAGUAUUCUCACUGCUAAAUUCUAACCUAAUUAAAUAAGUAUGCAUGGCUGCCAGCUUGCUGUUUUUUUAAUGUAUUUUCACUUUUAAAUGCCAAAAGUCACAGGAACCUCAUUCAUUAAAAAACAAAACAAAACUAGAUUCUAAUCUUUAGCAGUUUUGGGAAAUAAUGGUAAGCAUGAUUGCAAUGAUCUCUGGAAUAAAAGCAGGAUGUAAAAAAAUAUCCAAAAUAGAAUUUUAAGCCUCAUAAUUCUUAAGUUCCAUAAUGUAGUUGGUUUUUAGAAUUAGCUUUAGAAAUGCAUGUAUUGAUUUGCUUUUCAGACAGAAUUACUUAGAAAUAAUUAUAUAGAGAAUGUGUAUAUAUUGAGAUAACUUUUGAAUGUCCUUUGUUCAUAAGUGAAUUAAAAACAGUAUUUGAAAUAGUCAGUGUAGUGUUAAGAAUAAAAUAGUUUUUCUUUCCUCUUUUGGCACACUUAGAAGAAUACAUGAUCUUUCCACAGCUGUACAGGUAUUCUUAAAUGAAGUUGCACUUUAAAAACAAGCUGCAAAAUGUUUGUGUUAGGUUUCAUGUUUCAUGAAAAGCAUAUUCCCUAGGUGGAAUAAUCUGAAGAAUUAUCCCAAUAACACUCCUGUGUGUUUCAUUGGAGCUUGAUCAAAAUACUGUUUUGUUUUUCAGAUAGUCCUAGUGUUCACUAAUCUCCGUGUACUGUUUAUAAAAAAAAUAGUAAUAUUACCAAAUGUUAUAUGGCUAAAUGUUUGUGCUAUAUAAAAUAGAUCGUUACGGAUGUUGUUAACACAGAUUGUGCUAGGAUUCACAUUCAUAAAAACUAUUUUACCAACAAACAAAAA